CUCCGCCAAGCGCUGUGCUGGGAGGCGCGGUGGCCGGCCCGGCUCCGGGGGGGGAAGCCCUGCCUCCGAGCCCCGCUAUCCGGCCCCGCGGUGCUUCGGCGUCCCGCUCCCGGGUCUCGACCCCUUCUAGCCCUGGAGAGCCCCGGAGGAGUCGGGGCGGGCUGUGAGGGAUAAUGAGGGGCUGACAGAAGAGCUUCUCUGCGGUGAGGCGGCGCCAUCUUGCAGUACGGAAGAAAAGCCGCGGCGGGCGCCAUUUUGCAUCUGCCCGAGGGAUGAGAGGAGCCUCGCUAUUUUCCGCCUGGUGGGCGCCGCCAUUUUAGGUUACGGCAGAACCUCCGCCUUCCGUAGCGCAACCUCAUUGGGCGCCGCCAUUUUGGCUUACGAACAGGACGGCGACCCGCAGGGGUCCUCACCCCCUCCCUUCCUCCCUUUAGGUGCCUUCAUAAAAUGCCCGUCGAGAAUCCCCUCUUUUUUCGCCCCGCUCCCAAGAUGGCGUCGAUGCGGGAGAGCGACACCGGCCUGUGGCUGCACAACAAACUGGGCUCCACGGACGAGCUGUGGGCGCCGCCGAGCAUCGCCUCGCUGCUCACGGCCUCGGUCAUCGACAACAUCCGCCUCUGCUUCCACGGCCUUUCCUCGGCCGUCAAGCUCAAGCUGCUCCUGGGGAUGCUGCACCUGCCCCGGCGGGCGGUGGAUGAGAUGAAAGGGGCACUGACUGAAAUUAUCCAGCUCGCUACCUUGGAUUCAGACCCCUGGGUCUUAAUGGUAGCUGAUAUUUUAAAAUCCUUUCCAGAUACUGGCUCCCUUAACCUUGAUCUUGAAGAACAGAAUCCCAAUGUUCAAGAUAUUUUAGGAGAGCUUAGAGAGAAAGUAAGUGAAUGUGAAACUUCAGCUAUGUUGCCGUUGGAAUGCCAAUACUUAAACAAAAAUGCCUUGACAACACUAGCUGGGCCACUUACUCCCCCAGUGAAACACUUCCAGCUGAAAAGGAAACCUAAAAGUGCCACUCUCAGAGCUGAACUCUUGCAGAAGUCAACAGAAACUGCACAACAGCUCAAGAAGACUGCAGGAGUGCCUUUCCAUGCCAAAGGCAGAGGACUGGUCAAAAAGAUAGAUACAACAACACCACUCAAAGGAAUACCAAAACAAGCUCCAUUCAGGAGUACUUCAGCACCAAGUGUGUUUAGUCCUUCUGGAAACAGAACUCCUAUUCCUCCUUCAAGAACACCUUUGCGCAAAGAAAGGGGAGUUAAGCUUCUAGAUAUCUCUGAGCUGGAUAUGGUUGGUGCUGGCCGUGAAGCAAAGAGAAGAAGAAAGACAUUAGAUACAGAAGUUGUGGAAAAACAAGCCAAAGAAGAAACAGUAGUAGAAAAUGCUACCCCAGAUUAUGCUGCUGGCCUUGUGUCUACACAGAAACUUGGCUCAUUGAACAAUGAGCCUGCACUACCUUCUACAAGUUAUUUACCUGCUACCCCCAGCGUGGUGCCAUCUUCCUCCUAUAUCCCAAGCUCUGAAACACAGCCAGCUGGCUCUUCACGAGAGGCCUUGCAGACUAACAGACAGACUGAAGAGCCUGCAGCUCCCAAUGCUACUACAACUCUUCCUGCACAGUUCAAGCAAAGAACACCCAUGUACAACAGUAACUCUAAUCCACCUGCAGCUACACCUACCUCACCCCUCACACCCACCACGCCUCCUGCCAUCUCCCCUGCGGCACAAGCACCACAAGUGGCCCCCCAAACUCAGCAACAGCCACCACCGAAGAAAAGCCUCUCUCUCACAAGGGAGCAAAUGUAUGCUGCACAGGAAAUGUUCAAGACUGCAAACAAAGUUACAAGGCCAGAAAAGGCUCUUAUACUUGGAUUCAUGGCAGGAUCCAGAGAGAAUCCUUGCCAAGAGCAAGGUGACAUCAUCCAAAUUAAACUCAGUGAGCAUACAGAAGAUUUACCAAAGGCAGAUGGCACGGGCAGCACCACUAUGUUGGUUGAUACAGUCUUUGAAAUGAACUAUGCUACUGGUGAAUGGACCAGAUUCAAGAAGUACAAACCUAUAACUAAUGUUUCCUAAGAGAUGCAGCAACAGCAGACUGGACCAAAUCAAGCUUAGAGUCAACCAGCUCAUAGUGUAUGUCAACUGUACAAAAUGGCAUUCGUGUGUACAUUUCUUAUUACCCUCCAGAAUAGAAGCUGUGGCUCUUCAACCAAACUGGGCUCAGUGAACACAGAAGAUGGGGUCAAACUCACUUUUUUUUUUUUUUUUUUUUUAUUAAUCUUGGGAGAGGGAAAGAUGAUCUUGACGGGGAGACGUUGUUGUGGUUUGUUUUCCUACGGUUCAAGAUGCUGAAAAAGAUUACAGAUGGGAGCAGUUCACUGCCUAGUGCUGGAAGAGAAGACGACUGCACAGUCCUUCAUGGUUUACCAUUAACUGAGGGCACAGAUCUUUAUUGUAAAAACAUUUUCUUUGGCUACAUGUGUUCUGUCAUAAGAACAGACAUUUGAAGCACCACAAGUCAGUGCUUGAUUACUUUGUAUUUCAGCUGCAGUUUAACUAUUGCGGGUGGUAUGUCAGUGUCUAAAGGUACCCACUGUAUGUUUAGCUUAUUUGUGCUUGGGUCAUAGGAUGAGAUUGAGCAGCUUUGCUAACUCGCUAUAUUGUCAGUGUACAUGCCCAGCAUGUGUUAAUCUGUAUUUGGCAUUAUUUGAGAUAGAAAGAAACUAAGUAUCAUAACUUUCUGAAGGAAAAAACCUGUUGAAAUUAAAGAAGUAGUGGUGGCUUGUCACUGCCUGGAAGUGACAACUCUUUGCCAUGGAAGUCUUGGGGUUGAAGUCCAUCUGAAGCUCUAGCAUAGCAAACCCUUUGCACAGCAUAACUUGCAUGGGAGGAAGGGAAACUCGUCUCAAGACCAAUUGAAGCUUAAUUUAGAAAUGGCCCUAGAAAUGGUUGAGACAUACAUCUGAGAAGAAGUAGUAGUUUUUUUGUCCUGAGGCAGUGUUAGUUUAUGUUUGGUUGAGCAGUCAUAAUGUGUUUGAUCACCAUGCCCUGACCCAAAAAGUUCUGAGUGACUGUAGCUGUGGUUCUUACCAGUGUAGUUUUAUCAGUAUCAUCGCUAAUGUGGCCACAAUUAUACUGGCAUAUAAAUGUGCCUUAUACUUGUCCCCUGCUAGUAGAAGCACAUUUUUAUCUUUAUAACUGUGUUCACACCACUGGUGUAAUCUGGCUUUAAUAGUACAAACAAAGCUGGCAUUUAUUGAGAGGACUUGUGUAUAUAAGUCAGGAUUGCUCCUUGGGAGACUUGGCUUCAUCAUUUGAAGGAGACUUGGCUUCAGCAUCUGGUUUCUGCCAGUAGUUGUGUGUGGAGCUGUGCUUGGUUGGGAAUGCUGCUUAGAAGGAAGAAAUACAAAGAUGAGUAGCAGAGUGGUGAUGUGGUGCUGAGAAGGUACCUUGGGGCUGACUUAGAGGUUCAUGUUGAAGUGGAACUCUUAGGACAAAAUGAGGCUUUUUUUUUUUUUUUUUUUUCUCUGAAAAGAAAGCAGACCAAAUCCCAUAGGACAUUUGUAUACUAACAGACAUCUAGAUGAUUUGAUUAGAGUCUUGUUUUUUAUUGGGGAAUUUUUAUUGCAUUUUAAUUUUAGUUUUUCAAAUAAACUAUCCAACAGGACAGGGCAAGUAUAAAUAAUAAAAGAACCCCUGUAUUCUACAGUGUUUUAAGAUGUGACCAAAAGUGUAGAUUUCUUAACUUUAUUUAAGCAAAUAUGCAGAAUGUUGUAGCUCCUGUGAUGGCCAGUUAUGUGAUGGUAGCUGCUGCCAUUAAGGAGUGUUGUGCAUGUUUUAGUGUGAAAGUUAAUCACAUAUAACUGUCACAUUGGGGCUGUCCUCCACGUAAUUACCCCAUUUCAGAAACAAUGUAGAUUGUAAUUUUGAUUGCAACUUUUCUUUAUAAACAGCUAGAAACCAACCUGACAAGUGAGGAUGAGUAGUGAGUUUUAGUUUUUAGGAGUUCAGUAGAAUGCUUUAUCAUGGUUAUAACUUAUUUGAUUUUAGUGUGUUACAUGGUAAGGGCUAAGGAUAGAAUAUGAAAAUAUUCAUCUUUUAAAAAGAAAGGUUUAAAGAAAAGUGACAUUCCUUUUCUUGUCUGCAUUCAGAUUUUGAAGUUUUCUUGUGAAGACCAGUUUUCUGUAAACAUAUAUGAUACUUGUCUGUCUUGCAGCUUAUUUAGCAAGCAGGAACAGUUAUCAAAUACAGUUUUUAAGAAGGAGCAUUUAGGAAAUUGGCUUGAGGGGCAUGUACUGUCAGUGUAAACUGUUGAUGCAAGACUUGUGCAACUGUGUCGUGGUCGGGAGCUGCUGUGUGGUGGCUCUUUUGGCUUCCUUGAGAGUAAUUGUAGUCCCUCACUAAACUUUCUUGGUGCACAGAAGUCUGUAUUUCAGACCUAGGGGUGGAGGCAGUUGCCCCUCUCCUCUUCAAGAAGCCCUUCUAGGAUGCAGUGGAGUCAUUUGAGUGCAGUAGUAUGUAGGAAGCUUAACCAUGCUGCUGUUUGUAUUUGCUGCAUAACCCAGUUGGUCUCCAGGCCUGUUUGUCUAAAGUCAGUCAUAUGCAAUAAAUGGAAAUUUUAAAUAGAACUAUAGUAUAUUUUUAAUUCUGUUCAGUCAUUAGAACGAGACAACACUGCAAAAAUAAAUUAUUUUUUAAAGUGACUUUAUGACCCUCAAUAUCAGAGCAUUACUUCAACUUGAUCUGUGAAUCUAGAAAGUGUUUUUAAAUGCCUAAACAAAGGGAAGGUUUUGCAACAUUGUUAAAAUGAUACAGUAAGGAGUAAAACUACACAGAGCUCUUCAGUUCAGCAAAUUCAGUCUUCAAAUUAGUGUUCUGAAAGUAGGAAUGAUGUCAGACAAAUCAGAAAAGGCAACAUCAACAUUGAAAUUCCAAUAUACUGGACUUGUUGCAUACAGAACAAAAUCUGGCCCUGGAACUUGAUAUUUUUUGUCUUGAACACUCAGUCACUCGGAUGUGUUCUCUGGAGCUGAGGCUCAGUGUGUGCUGUAAGGUUAAACCAAACACUCGUUGACUCUGGAGUGACUCACAGAUGCCCCCAGAAGUUGACCAGAGAAGUAGUUCUUCAAGCUUUGCUUGUGUCCUUUCCUCUUCCCUUUAUCCAAGCGUGAAGCUUUAGGAAAUAGCAAGCCCAAACUGUUGAGGUUUGGGCUUGAACUGCUCCUCAGCAAGGAGGAUGUCCCAGUUUCUUUUGCCCUUACUUGUAGAGAAGCCCCUGUCUGUGGCAGCCUAGACAUGGUAUGAAUUAGCUUGUUCGAUUUCUAGAGUGUGGAAUACUGGAGAAAGAGGCAACGAAAGUGGCUUGUGUUUUCCCUAUCCUGGCCAAACUUGAUCUUAGGGGAGAAAGAGCACGUACGUGCUUGCCCAGGCUGCUUUAACAACUUCUCCUACAGUUGAAGUGCUGGGUUUCUGUUGGCUCCAUUUUUGUUCAUGAGUGCUGUGAGGACCAGAAAGAGUAAAUGAGUGUAACAAAGAAGCUGAGCCCAAGAAGGAUGCUGAGCAAGAGUUAUGAUCACACACAGAUUCCAUCUUACUUGUCACUAGAACAUUUUUUUGCUCUCUAGUGCUCUGUAGUUAUCUCCAUAGAAACCAGUCUAGGCUUAGUACAGUUAACAUUGGUAUUGGGCCUGUAUUUUGUGGGUUAACCUGAUUUUGGCUGUUAGCUUUGCCAUUUAAUCUUUCAGUUCAGUACCAUAGGAUGCAGUGGGGAGGAGCCUUUCGUAGUUACUUGACAUCUCCACGUGGAAUUGGUCACUUCUCUCACUGAGUUGUGUCAAAGUGCAGACCACUUGUCCAGAUGAAAGAAAUCUUGAGACUCUGACAUUACACAGUUUAAGGGUGAAUCACAUUUUCAUAGUAAGAUCUGACUGGAAGAAAAAAGACUAAAAAAUGUUAAGCCAGAGCCCUCUGGGAAUCUGGUGCCUUUAACAAAAACUGUCAUUUUGUAAAAUGUCACAUCUAUAGCAUAGCCCGUAUGUUUUCUAUUUUUUUUUUUUUUUUGUACAGUUGUAAAUUCAAAAUAUUCUGUCUUUGGGUACGUAUUUUCAGUGUAAUACAGUAUGUAUAAUAAAAAAUUUAGAUUUUCUAAGGAAA